AUGAUCGUGCAGAAGGACGCCGCCUUCCACUGCGUCGUGGAGCUGGGGAAGCAUGGAGUGGUGCAGUUUAAGGAUGUGAGUUUUCCAAUUUUUACAAAUUUUUGGCUACAGCCGCGGACCUGAUUCAGUGGCAAAAAACAUACCAUUUUGUAUCUGGGAGGUAUCAAAAAUGUUGCAAAAUACCUCCUCUCCAACUAAAAAACUCCGUUUUGAAGGGCUUUCCCUCUACAGAAAUGCGGGCGGGCUUCUGAAAUCGGAGCCUUUUUACUUGGAGAGGGGAGAUAUUUUGCCACAUUUUUUGAUACUCCCCGGAUGUAAAAUGGUAUAUUUUUUGUCACUGGGUCAGGUCCACCAUUAUACAUUCUCUACCCUACCCAUAGAUCAAUCCCUGAAAGUUUUAGCUCUCGCUUUGUAGGCACAGCCGAGAUAAAUUGGCGGACCUGAUCAAGUGACAAAACACGGAUCAUUUUGCAUCCGGGAAGUAUCAAAAACGUGGCAAAAUACCUCCCUCUCCAAGUAAAAGUACUCCGGUUUCAAAAGCCCGCUCUUUUUUGAAGGAAAGGCCGUGCCUUUCAAAACGGAGUUUUUCACUUGAAGUUUUCGCUUGGAGAGGGAGGUAUUUUGCUACAUUUUUGAUACUUCCCGGGUGCAAAAUGGUACGUUUUUCGCCGAUUGAGGAGUAGAAAUAAGAAAAUUAAUUUUUGGAACGCAUAGGCGCUUAUUGGUACAUAACAAAAAGUGUGUCAACAAAACUAUGUACAUAAUCGUUUUGCGUCCUAAAAAACUAAUCUUUGUCAACUUUAUUCUUUCAUUUUUGGAAUUUUUUUAGAAAUAAUAAUUUUUGCAGCUAAAUCAACACCUUGGUCUUUUCCAACGGACCUUCGUCAGGGAGGUGCGACGAUGCACGGAGUUGGAACGUUGUAUACGUAGGUUCUAACCCUCUAAUUAUCUUUUCCCAAAUUUCGACCUUUAGGCUAUAUUGAGGAGGAAAUUAACGACGCCGGAGCUGUAGACCACAUCCCCCCACUGGACAGUACGAAUACCGAAGUCCUACAGCAACGUGAAAUCUACGAUUUGGAGGUGAAAUUGUACGAAUUGGAGAGGGAUUUGCGGCAGUUUUUGUCGAACGAAGAGCAGCUCAAACAGAACUACAAUGACCUCCGGGAAUUUCAAUGCGUCUUGCAGAAGGUGGAGAGCUUUUUCAGCGUGCAUUUGGAGGACAUGGCCAAGACUGAGCUGGAAAUUGAGGGCCUUGAUGACAAAGUCAACGAUUUAGUAAGGGCUUUUAGGGCGUUUGAGAUUUUUUGGGGAGAAAUUGGGUUAAAAUGGCAAAAAAUCAGCUAUUCAAGCUAAAAUGGGCUUUUUUCCAAAUUUUCCUUAAAUUUUUGUGGUUUUUGUUUAUAGAAUUUACAUCGUACUUCAAUUUUAGGGUACUCCGUUGACCCCGCUUCUCGAGCGAACACAUGAAACCCCAUGGUUUAUCGCUGGAAUUGUCGAGGCUCAUAAAAGACACUCAUUUGAGCGAGUUUUAUGGAGAGCAUGCCGAAGAACGGCAUUUGUCCGAACAGCCGAGAUUGACGACAUGUUCGAAGAUCCACGGACUGUAAGUUGAAAACUAUUUUGAAAUUUUUAAAAUUUACUUUUGUACAGUGCAAUCGGAAAAAAGAUAUUUAAAAAAUCUCAAAAUAUAAUGAAAUAAAAUUGGAAAACUUUACAAGCCCAGUCUUAGCAUGUCUUACAGAGCUUUUCUUUUUCCAAUUUUACAUUUCAUUGAUCUCAAGUUUGCGAAAAAUUCACAGUGCAAGUUUUAACUCCGCACUGUGCAGCAGUGAUUUUACUCUUUUUUCAAAGCGUUCAAAAUAACUCUACAGUGACGGACCUGAUCCAGUGGCAAAAAACAUAUCAUUUUCCAUCCGCGAAGUAUCGAAAAGUGUAGCAAAAUGCCUCACAUUCUGACAAAAAAACCUCCGUUUUGAAGGGCGCGCUUUUGAAAUCGGAGUUUUUCACUUGCAGAGGGAGGUAUUUUGCAACAUUUUUUGAUACUUCCCGGAUGCAAACUGACACGUUUUUUGCCACCGAAUCAGGUUCACCGCUGUAUGAGACCCUUUUAGCUUGCACUAUGCGGGCUUGCACUAUAAACCACCACUUAAUUAUUAUAAUAUUAUAUUUUUAGGGAAAACUCUAUGCCAAAUCAGUCUUUAUCAUCUUCUUCAACGGUCAGAAGCUUCAAGACAUUGUAAAUCGGGUCUGCGAUGGAUUCAACGCCAAAUUAUAUUCGUGUCCAAAAAGCUCCAAAGAACGGCGAUUAGUGGAAGCCGAUGUGACAAUACGACUUCACGAUUUACGGAUAGUCAUCGAGAAGACGGAAAAGCACAAACUGGAGGUGAUUUUUUUUGCUUUUUUAAAAUUUUGUGUUUUCGUGUUGGGACCCAAAAAUUUUUUCAUGUUACCCAUGGUAAUUUCUAACCAUUUCUAAUCCUUUUAGCUCCUUCGAGGCGCUGCUUUCGAGCUUCCCGAGUGGGUGAGGACAGCACAUCUGCAGAAAUGCGUGUACCACACCUUGAACUUGUUCACCUUCGACACGAGUGGAAAUUUUUUUGUGGCUGAAUGUUGGGUACCGGAACGCGAGUUGGACGCGGUGUUUCAGACACUACAGCGAGGAGUAGUAAGUCAGCUAUGUAACAAUAUCAACCUUGAGUUGGCAACGACCAAGAAGUUGAUAUUUGAGACGAUUUUCGCAAUGGAUAACGUAAUUUUACCACCAAUUCUUAACGUUUUUGUUGAAUUUUUUAUCAAUUUUUCGAUUAAAAAACAAAAAUUUUCCCUCAAAAACAAAAAAAACGUCCCAGUUCCCUGGAAACAUGUUCAAAUCCCGCAUGCAUUCUUGUAAUUCCAGGACCACGCCGGAUCCUCGAUACGGCCGAUCAUAAAUGUCGUGGAGAGCGCCGAAACACCCCCGACUUUCAAUCGGACCAACAAAUUCACACGAGUUUUUCAAAAUAUUGUCGAUUCGUAUGGCGUGGCAUCCUACCGGGAGGUGAAUCCAGCGCCAUAUACGAUCAUCACCUUCCCAUUUUUGUUUGGAAUCAUGUUUGGAGACUUUGGGCAUGGGCUGAUUAUGGCGUUGGCCGGACUCACCUUCAUCUACUUUGAGCAGAAAAUCAAAGCCGCCAAAAUUAAGGACGAGGUAAGCGAAAUUGAAGAUUUUUUGCGGAAACCUUUUGGUUUCUUUUAUCAUCAAAAAAAAAAAAAAAAUAGAUUUUUUUUGAUUUCUAGCCUUCAGUGUUAUCCUUUAGAGAGAAGGAAGACAAUAUUUCCAGAAAAAUGAACGCUUUCCAAACGAAAUUUGCAAAGAAAAUAGCCAAAAGCCAUUUUUCCCCGACCGUCUCAUCAUUUUGCGAAAUCUCUCGAAAAAAGAUCACACAAUAUCUGAGCCACACCUGCAAAGUAGGAGCUAAAAUUUUCAGGGAGUGAUGUACAAUCUACAGUGGCGGACCUGAUCCAAUGGCGAAAGACAUACCAUUUCGCAUCCGGGAGGUAUCAAAAAUGUAGCAAAAUACCUCCUCUCCAAGUGAAAGAAAACUCCGUUUUGAAGCGAGCCUUUUACCUAAUAAAAAGAGCGAGCGCGCUUUUGAAAUCGGUGUUUUUUCACUUGGAGAGGGAGGUAUUUGCUACAUUUUUGAUACUUUCCGGAUGCAAAAUGAUACAUUUUUUGCCCUUGGAUCCGGACCGCCAAUGUGGGUCGUACAACAAUCCCUGAAAAUUUUAGCUCCUACUUUGCAGAUGUGGCUGAGAUAUGGUGUGAUCUUUUUUCGAGAGAUUGCGCAAAAUCGUGAGACGGUCGGGGAAAAAUGGUUUUGGCUAUUUUUGCAAAUUUCUUUUGGAAAGCGUAGUGGUCCACCAUUAUUUUUCACUUGCUUGCAAAAUUUUUCAGAUUUUCAACACCUUUUACGACGGCCGGUUUAUCAUCGUCUUGAUGGGCUUGUUCUCAAUGUAUGCGGGUAUAAUCUACAACGAUUGUUUUGCGAGGGCCAUAAAUGUGUUCGGAUCUCGUUGGGUACCAACGCAAUCCGAACGACAGCUGCUGAAUAUGAGUUUGGAGAGCAAAUUGGAGCUGGAUCCGGCGACUGCGUUCAAUCAGGCGGUAGGUGAAGAUUAUUAGUAUUUUUUGGAAAUUUUAUUGUGGUCUUUAAUACCUGCUCUAGCUAUUGGAGACUUUUAUAGCGUUUUUUGUAAUAUUCAAUCAGAAAUCCGGCUAUAAAGGACCGUUCGACCUUAUUUUGGUCAAAUUUAUCCAAUAAACCGUUAAUAUAAUCUAUUUUUACAGUGAUUUUGUCCAAAUUCAAUUUUUUUUCAUGCCCAAAUCAACCUAAUAAACGUAUUUUCAGUACGGUCCCUAUCCAAUUGGAGUUGAUCCCAUCUGGGUUCUAGCCGACAAUCGCCUGAAUUUCUUGAAUUCAAUGAAAAUGAAGGCCUCCGUGAUCAUUGGAAUUAUCCAAAUGACUUUCGGAGUCAUUUUGGGAUUUAUGAAUGCUGGGUAAGACUAUAAAAUCAGUAAAUCUAACUCUAACAUCCAUUUUUGACCCUCAAAAUUUCAGUUUCUUCAAGUCCAAAGUGGACAUUUUCACUCAAUGCAUACCUCAACUCAUCUUUCUCAGCUCAAUUUUCGUCUAUUUAUGUGUUCAGAUCUGCGCGAAAUGGCUGUUCUACUGGGUGAAGCCGGCCGAAGUGUUCGGGUUUCAGUAUCCCGGCUCGCAUUGCGCGCCGUCACUGUUGGUGGGGUUGAUCAACAUGUUUAUGUUUCGAGAUCGGCCCGUAGGGUUUUUGGACGCGGAUGGAACCGAAAGGAAAACGUGCCAUAUAGUCUACUGGUAUCCCAAUCAGGUAAUUUACUAUUGUUCGCGCAUAUUUCACAACGCUUUAUACCAUAAAUUGGCCUUUCAAGUCUUACACUACAGUAGCGGACCUUAUCCAGUGGCAAAAAACGUACCAUUUUGCAUCCGGGAAGUAUCAAAAAACUUCAAAAUGCCUCUCUCUCCAACUAGAAAACUCCGUUUUGAAAUGCACGCCCUUUCCUUAAAAAAAGAGCGGGCCUUUGAAAUCGGAGUACUUUUACUUGGAGAGGGAGGUAUUUUGCUACAUUUUUGAUACUUCCCAGAAGCGAAAUGGUACCUUUUUUGCCACUGGAUCAAGUCCGCCACAAUAGUGUGAGACUUGAAAGGCCAAUUUAUGGUCUAAAGCAUUGUGAAACGUCCCUGUUGGUAUAAAAUCCAAAAAAAUAUUUCCAAAAAAUUAAUCCUAAAAUUUUUAGCGAGACGUUGAAACAACAUUAGUCAUUGUUGCCAUUUGUAUGAUACCGAUCAUGCUGUUUGGGAAGCCCAUCUUUUGGCUUUUAUCACACAAGAAGCAUAUCAGAAACCAUGUGGAAACAAGGAGAACGACCAAUGUGGUAGGCCAAAUUUUUAUUUUAGCUCUUAAAAAUACUCUAUUAAAUUUCUAAUAGUCUUUGUUCGAGACAUUUGGCCUUUUCAAUUUCAAAAACUAGAAUUUCCCGCCAAUUUUGGCAUUCUGCACUAAUGGCCGGAAAGGGAUUCAAAUGCCGAAAUAAAUGGCUAAAUCAGCGGUUUAUAGCCAUAAGGUUGUUUAACAGAAGUUAAAGUCCGCCUUUUUGGAUCCAAAUCUAUAUUGUGUAUGGCCAAUUUUAUGGAGUUGUGAUGAUUUUUCCUCAAAAAUAAGGUGGUUCAUAGUUUAAACCUUUACCAAAAUUUGUAAACGCCUUUUCUAGAGUGUCCGAAUCAAGAUGGGAGCCGGAGAAGAAGCGGAACUGAUCAGCGAUCUGCCAGAAACCCCAAAAGUGAGGCACAAGUCUGAAAGUGCGUCUGCUGGCCGUUCCGAACAUGAGAAAAAGGUAUGACCGUUUUACUCCCUAAUCCCACAGUCAUAACGCGUAUUUCUAUAGGAGUUCGGCGAUGUCAUGGUGCAUCAAUCAAUCCAUACAAUUGAAUUUGUACUUGGAUGUAUAUCACACACUGCUUCGUAUCUCCGAUUAUGGGCGCUGUCAUUGGCGCAUGCGCGUAAGUUGUUGGUUAAUUUGGAGAGUCCAAUGCUUCAUAUAGCCAUUUCGCUACUAACAGUAUUCGAAAUUUGCACGCUUCCACGAGGAAAACGUAUUUUAGCCUAUUUUUCACCGUUUUAGAUCUGAAGUAUACAGUGGGGGACGUGAUUCAGUGGCAAAAGACGUACCAUUUUGCAUCCGGGAAGUAUCAAAAAUGCAGCAAACUACCUCCCUCUCCAAGUGAAAAAACUCCGAUCUUCCAAAAUGGUUUUUUAGUUGUAGAGGGAGCUAUAGUGGGCGACCUGAUCCAUUGGCAAAAAACGUACCAUUUUGCAUCCGGGAAGGAUCAAAAAUGUGGCAAAAUGCUUCCCCCUCCAAGUGAAAAAAACUUCGUUUUGAAAGGCGCGGCUUUUCCCUCACAAAAAGACCGGGCGCGCUUUUGAAAUCGGAGUUUUUUUUCACUUGGAGAUGGAAGCAUUUUGCCACUUUUUUAUACCUCCCGGAUGCAAAAUGGUACGUUUUUUGCCACUGGAUCAGGUCCCUCACUGUAUUUUGCUGCAUUUUUGGUACUUCCUGGAUGCAAAGUGGUACGUUUUUUGCCGCUGAAUCAAGUCCACCACUGUGCUUCAGAUCUAAAACGGUGAAAAAUAGGGUAAAAUAUGUUUUCGCAGUCGCAGAAACACCUUUUCAGCGCUAAAAAUCGCUGAUUUUCAGAGCUGUCCGAGGUUUUAUGGGAGUUUGUGAUGCGCUACGUGCUCGAGAAGACCAAUGGGGUGCUUGGUGCAUUCAUGCUGGCAAUAACCUGGUUUAUUUUCUUCUGCCUAACAGUAAUGGUGUUGGUCCUAAUGGAGGGUCUAAGUGCAUUUUUACACGCUCUUCGGUUGCAUUGGUAAGUAAAUUGCGUGUUAUUCUCAUACGGUACAAGUUUCUGAAAGUAUCCAUAUAUUUUUUUGAGAAAUUUCGGAAUUUUUAUAUUAUCCAUGGUGAUUUAGGCCGAUUUUUGUCCAAAAAUUACAGUUUAGGAAAUUUUACCGAUACGCUGGUCAAGGUACACUUUGCAAAAGGCUUAUUAAGCCUUUUAAUACAACAUUUUUAGGGUUGAAUUCCAAAGCAAGUUCUACGAAGGCGCUGGUUACCCCUUCCAACCCCUACAUUUCAAGACCUCGCUCCGAAAGUUGUGCGCAGAAAGUUUGUAUUAUUAA